UGGGCAUUCUUCAGCGACCAGUGAUUGGCUCGCGAUGUGUGUUUUGAGACAUCAGAUAGAUAUUAAUAGAGUUAUCAACGCGGAGCAAUGUACUGCGUACACAGUCAGUUAAAAGUGAGCCCAUGGCAAUUCCGGCGAUAAUAUAAUUAGUACCUACUUACAUUGUAAAAUAAAUAGCUCUAUAUUAUCACACACGUCGCUAUAAAAGUAGAGUGAUUUUAAUUUGAUACAAUUAAUAAAAUUUUGUGUUUGCUCUCCUUAAUGUCGGUGGUGUGGUGGUAAAAUUUCACUCAGUUUGUGCUAGCAAUUGCCCAUUGUUUUGACUUUUUUUAAUUGAUUAUAAUAGAAUAGUGAUCUCGCCUGCGCUAACAGCAUACGCUGGCGGGACACCAGUGAGGAAUGAUAGGUGAGGAUGAAACGGCAGGUCAGUUAGCCUAACGUGAUGAUUACACCUGGAAUUCAGCACAAUGGUUUCCAGGAGGGACCACGUGGAGGUCGACCUGACAAGUGCGGCGGCGGGGCCAGGCAAAACAAUUGCGGACAACAUCACUACUUGUGAAGAAUUCGAGCGUGGUGCACACUUCAACCCAUACGAUGUUGUUGAUAGCAUGUGGAAGAUAUUUUACUUUUGGGCAGAGAAUACGGAGAUAUAUCCAAUUAUAUUUUCUCUACCUGCAAAGAAGAGAAUGGAAAAAAUAAAAGCAUUGGUAGAGACAGUGGACCCAUAUCUGGACGUGGAAUGGUACAAAGCAGCCUUGAUCAUGGAACCACGACCGGGACUGCAGGUUAUACUGUUAUACGCCGGGACGCCCGGCGCCUUUCGUGCUCUCGUCAAGAAAGAACAACGUACUAAAGUUCAGCCACAUCCCUUGCCCCUGAUUAAGUUUGCAGACAUUCGAAUGAAGAUGGUGGGGCGUUACAUAGCAAUGAUGUGUUGUGAAGAUCUCACCGCGUAUGCUUUGGCGAGAUUGGAUCACAUGCCCGCAAAUGAGCAUGAAUGUGAAGCUGCUGCUGCCAAAAUCGGAUUUCAGGGAAUCGCGGGUCGAUCUUACUUCUAUGUUAAAAACCUUGUUGAUGAACUGUAAAUAAAUAAAAAUAUUAU